AUGGACGAUUUACUCUCGCCGUACUCCUCUUUCCUUCCACCCUCGCCGUGCUCCAAACUCUCCACCGUCCACGAACAGCAACUUGAGUUCGUAUCCCAGGAUCUUCCCGAACCAUGGCUGUUCGACGGCAGCAUGAUGUCCAACAAAGCGGACAGUGAGCUGUGGCCUAUGGGGAGCCCGCUCGCCGGGAGCACUGUGCACUCCGAGCUACCGCCGAGCCUCCCGGCAACGCCGCAGGAUCCUGUGAAGAGGCGGGGACGGAAACCCGGAUCCUGCUCCACGGUCAGCCACGUGCAGGCCGAGCGGCAGCGCCGCAACAAACUGAACCGUCGAUUUUGUGACCUCCGCGCUGCCGUCCCCACCGUGUCCCGCAUGGACAAGGCAUCACUCCUCUCCGACGCCACCAUCUACAUCACGGAGCUGCGCUCCCGCUUGGAGCGCCUCGAGGAGGCCAAAAAGGCACUGGAGCAGAGCUCCGCGGCCGCUUCUCGCGAUGGACUAGCUGCCGAAUUCCUACAGGUGGAUGAAACGGUAGACAUGCAGAUGGUGGGGCGUGAUGCAGCCGUGGUGCGUGUGACCACCGCGGCGAGCCACGCGCCCGCGCGGCUGAUGGGCGCGCUCCGGUCGCUGGACCUGCAGGUGCAGCAUGCCUGCGUUAGCCGCGUGCACGGCGUGACCCGGCAGAGCGUUCUCGUUGACGUGCCAACCUCGAUGCAGGAUGAGGACAGUCUCCGCUCGGCUGUGCUCCAGACGCUGCAGGAUAGCGCCUAG